UUCUAGGUUUGGAAUGCGUUGGGUCCAGCACAUCGUGUGUAACUACAACUGGGUUUGAUCAAGGCUGCAUUUCUGAUCGAUCUGUUCAAAACCUACGUCGGCGGGAAGAGGUACUAUUUAAUACAACCACCAGUGCAUAAGGACGGGCUGGAGGCCAUGUCCACAGUGGUGGAUCUCAAGACAAAGGAGGAGAAGGAUGCUGAGCUUGACAGACGUAUCGAGGCUCUGCGCAAGAAGAAUGAGGCUCUGGUCCGGAGGUACCAGGAAAUUGAGGAGGACAAAAAAAAGGCAGAGCAGGAGGGGAUUGCGGUGAAGACACACCCACCCAGGAAGGCCCGCCCCCAUGACGGCCCACCAGAGGGGGACAGACGGAGGACAGAAAAAGAGAAUUUCACUGUUACAAUAGACCUCUCCAAACCAGCAGGGGAGAAAAGGGUGAUUAAUGAAUGGAAAAAAGGGCCGCCCAGAGGCAGGCGGGACUCCGAGGAGGGAGACGCCCCUAAACAGCUGGACGAUAGCCCCCCCCAGAGGGCCGGUUCCGGACGGCUCGGCAGGGGUGGGCAGCGAGGGCCCGGGCAGCGGCAGGAGAGGAGGGAGCAUCGUCCUGACAGACCUCUAGCCGACCCACGGCAGGCCCAUGACAGAGCUCCAAGAGACGACCGAGGUCCGGGCCUGGAGGGGCCGGGGGAGGCGCCGGGGGAGGCUCAUGGUCGAGGUGCACCACGGGGAGGGAGGAGAGGAAGAGGGGGAAGAGGCGGAAGAGAGAGGGAAGAUGGAGGCGGACCACCGGGUGGGGACAGGAAGUCUAAGGAAUGGGAGGAGAAAAGGAGGCAGAACAUUGAGAAGAUGAACGAGGAGAUGGAGAAGAUUGCUGAGUAUGAACGAGGACAACGGCCCACUGAAGGGGACAAGCCCAUCCGUAACUUCCUGGAUGAUCCGCGGCGCUCCGGGCCAGUUCCGGACGUGGACCGCAAAGACGGCAGCCGCCGGCAUGUCCGGAACUGGGGAGGACUGGACUUCGACAAUGUGAAGACCGGGUCUGAGCUGGAGAAGGAGUGGACUAGUCGGAGGCCCGGCGGCCACAAGGGCUCCGUGGAUAUGACGAUGUCCAUGACGGGCCGCGAGCGCGCCGAGUACCUCCGCUGGAAGAAGGAGCGUGAGGAGAUUGACGAGGAGCGUCUGGCCAGACACAGGAACGCCACUGGCCAGUGGAGACGGGAAUGGGACGCCCAGAAGACUGACACCAUGUUUAAGGAGGACCCAGCUGUAGCUGCAGAGGCCAUGCAGCCUGACAAGGGAGGCAGCAGGAGAGAUGAUGUGAAAAGGCCUCCUCAGGCGCCAACAUUCGGAGACUUCCUCGGGCAGGGCAGAGGACCCCGGGAGGGGGACCGCGGUCGGGGGAGGGAACGAGGACCGAGACAGAGCUACAGCAUGCACGAUAACCGCUGGGAGGGAGAGAAGGAGGACCACGAUGAGAAGGAGAAGCAGGACGAUGAGAAGGAGAAGCCCAAGAAAGAGAGAACUGUGAAAAAAGAACAGAAGCCCAAAGUUUCCUCAUCACAAAAGAUAGAGGAGAAGAGGAGUGACGCUGAGGAGGAUGACGAUGAGUGGUCUGAUGUGGAGGGGGGCGAGGAGGAGGAGGUGGAGGACGAGGCACAGGAGGAGAGGGGAGAGGAUGUCCAGUCCCCAAAGAAGGCACCUCGCUCAGAAAUGGCAGCCGGGAAGUCCGUCCCCGUCUCUCCCCCUCCGUCCGUCCCCGUCUCUCCCCCUCCCUCCGCCCAGCAAUCUGAAGCCUCUCCCAAAGAGCAACGCCCCCUUCGGCCCCAAGUCAACAUCACCUCACCGCCCGAGACCCAGGAUUCCUCAGAGUGCCCCAAGCCCCUCAGCCCCUUCUCUCCGCUGGAUGGCCACCAGCCCGUCACGGACUGGGGGGAGGAGAUGGAGAUGCAGUCGCCCCGGAGCAGCAUGGGGGAGAGCCCCCUGAAACCCCCCAGCGCUGAGGGGAGUCCGGCCCAGGCCAAGGUCCAGGAGGACAGCCGUCGUUCCAGCCUCGACUCCAGUCCCUCCAAGCUGGCCGAGACAGAAAAGGAGAGGGACAUGCAGACAGUGGUGGUCACGGUUGCUGUUCCUUCGGAGGAGACUCUGAUUCAGGAAGCCCCUGUUCCAUCAUCAGAGCCUGUCUACUCGCCCACUGACCCCCAUGAGGAAGAGGUGGUCGUCACCCCCCCUGGCCAGGAGACAGCUGCCACCCCCACAGGCGAACAAUCUGACCCAGAUAACGACUCGGCGCCAGUCCGGGAGACUGACCCCAACUCGUCUGAGCCUGCCGUGACCGUGGAGACGACUUCUGACACUUUGGAGCAGCCAUCCUCAGGCUGAGAGCUGCACUGGGAAAUUGACAUUGCAAUGCUAGUGGUUCACAGAUGAUGGCAGGAUGAGGGGAGAAGAGAAUGUGGGAGGAAGGAGGAGUGGACCCUGUGGAACACGAUUGGAGCCACCCUCACAGACAAACCAGGAGGGGCGUGGUCAGCCACCCGGCCUUCAGACCUCUCCUCAGCAAUUACACACUUGUGGUCUUCACUGUUGGACUGUGAGCUGCUCCUUGCAUGUAAUAUAGUAAUGCUUUCAUUCAUUGGAUCCAACAUGGUGAAUGUCUCAGGCUGUAUGGCCACCCGAAACAAGAUGUUAUGAUUGUGUCAAGUGAACAAAACCCUGAUUUGUAUAUCGUUUCAAAGAUUUGUCAUUUAAACACUUAGGUAGCUUGAAGACUCACAAAUAUGAAAUGCUGUCUUUUGGAAGGCCAAAGAGACUGUUAAUCCAGUUCAACAUGGCAAAAUGGCAUUUUUGGCAUGCGAACAGUUUCGGAGCAUUUUCUUUCCAGAAUGUUUACAUUUGAUUGAAAAACACCUUAUGCUUAUCUUUUAAUAACCUGUAAAGUUUCUCAAGACCCCCCUCACCCAAAACGUGUCCUCCCCAUGUACAAGCUGAAUUAGGUUUGUGGAUGCGGUUGUAGUACAUUUUGUUGGCCAUACAACGUUUGUCAUGAUUCUGAUCAUGUGAACAAAAUGUAAGCUCAAUUUUGCCUCCUAAUGAUUGUGAAAACGUUUGUUUGUAUUUGGUUUGCCGGGAAAAGCUAAAUGUUUUUUUAAGUGGGGCAUGCUGUACUUAACCGAGCACAGGGGCAUCAGGUGACCCUGAAAAUGUUUGACCUUCCAAAGUUCUUUUUUUUUUUGUUUGUUAUGAGCUGGAUGGCCAUAGGCCUUUCUUAAGCUGCAUACUUUUUAAUUAAGGCGCAUCAGAACAUGUACCUCAGUAGAGCAUUUGUUUUACUGGUUUGCCUGCUCUUGGUUAUGAAAUCAUGCUCUGAUUGAACAAUGCUUUAUUUUUUUUUAAUUGAAGGAAUGAAAAGGUAAAUAUGAAAUGAAGAUGAUAUAUCAUGAACCUGAGUACAUGCAAUAAGUAGCCUAUAGUUAUUUUUUUUAUCAUUUAAACAUUCCAAUGUUUUGUGUGGGGGGGAAAAGGCAUCUGCUGCUUUUUAAGUUGACUUCAGAUAUUAUCGUUCAUUUCCGUUUCGGAUUAUUUUAGCGAUGUAACGGAAGCUUUCAAUUUCUGUCAGUUGUAUGGCUUCCCUUACCAUAUGAAACUGCAUUAUAGGUUUGUUUUGGGAUUGGAGUGCAUCUAAACUAGCAUGAUGAGAACUUUUUUUGCUUCUGUUUAUCCGUUGACCACCAUGAAUUUAUUGUCCCAACAUAAUGACAUUAUCAAUUAAAAAGAUUGCUUUUAA